CCUACACUUACUGCUACUCUCCUUCGGGCGGUAGAAAGCUAACCCAGAUUUAGAGGAAUCUAUGAAAAAGGCAUGAAUGCAGCAAAUAGGACAACGAUUUUGUGCAGCAGCGUUGUGAUUGUUUGUCUGAGCUUUGUGACUGUGAGAUGCGGAAAAUUUGCUGUAUGCGGAAAAAGUCGUGGUGUCGUGACAGCAUCCCGAAGCGCAGCACUGGCGACCAAAAUUUUACAGAAGUGCGGGUUGAAAUUUGCUCGUCGUUUCACCUUGUCCCCGCCCGCCAUAAUAAAGAUUGCUGAGAAGUUGUGCCUGGGAUACAGACUUUGCUACGCUUACGUAAAUCCCAGGGUCCAGAAGAACACAAAUGACAUCAAAGAGCGCCUACGAAGUUGCAUCAUUAAAGGCGCCAGGUCUCUGUUCACUCAAAACUCUGAGAUGUUCUCUGUUACUGUGGAACAGUUGAAUGCCAUGCUGGAAUACUUGAACCGCUGCCUCACGGACGACUUGAUCUCCACGGAUGGGUCUGUCAUGCUGGGAACAGUACGGUACGUCCUGAAGUCUGCGAACUUGGCCAUGCCUCUACUUUAAGGGAGACGUGCCCCAACGAUUGCAUUGCUUCCGAGAAUCUUAUGUUAUUCAACUUGUGCAUAUGAUUACGAAUAAAUUGCACGGAACAAAGAGCUCUUUUAUUCCAUGAAACAAAGUUUACAGGCUUUGUACGCCAGCAAAAGAAAAUAAAGAAA